GUACUGAAAUCGUAAGUCACCGGAUCGUGUAUUCACGAGCGACACCUGGCAGCGUCAAGUGUAAGUUGAACGUGUGCUUCGGAAAAUGUCAUGUUAUUUUCUGAAUAGGUGAUUAAACCUCGAUUACGCUUCAAAAUUUGAAUUUCAUCCGAAUCGCAACUGAUCGACAUGCCCAAGAAAUUCGUCGGUGAAAAUAGUAAAGCUGUCGCUGCCAGAGCAAGAAAGGCAGCAGCCAAGGAAGCUGAAAGUACAAGAAAGGCUUUGGAAGCGGAAGAUAAAGCCUGGCAAGAUGACGAUAAACAAUUGCUGAAGAAGAAACAAAAACUGGAAGAACAAGAGAAGAAACGUCAACAGCAGUUAGAGAAGAAAGCAGAGACGAAAGCUUUGCUCGAGAAGGAGAUGGCAAAUAUAAAAGUAGGUGGCAAGCAACCCGCCGCCAAGAUAACUAGAGCUGAAAUUGUGGUUGCCACGGAGAAACGAAAUCAGGUAGCAAUGAAAAAGAAAGAGGAAGAGAAACCGAUCGAGGAGAAUUUAAAUAGACUGACGAUCGAAGGUGAAACUGCACAUGGUAUAGACGAAGCUUUAACUAUUUUAAGUACAAAGGAACCGGAAGCUGAUCGUCAUCCAGAGAAACGUGUGAAAGCUGCGUAUGCGAGUUUCGAAGAAAGGAUGAUGCCUAUCGUGAAAGAACAAAAUCCUACGCUAAGGUUAAGUCAAUUAAAACAAAUACUGAAGAAGGAAUGGAUGAAGUCUCCGGAAAAUCCACUUAAUCAAAAGUUACUCUUAAAUCGCUGAUAUUACUCGAUUCUUGAUAACACAAACAUACAUGACGAUCGAAUAGAUGGCUGACAGGAAUACGUGGAAUAAGACUUAUAAAUACAAUUGUCGAUAAAUCAAAUGUAUCUGUACACAAUUUUAUUGUAAACGAAUAAGUUAUACUCUGGUAGAAUAGAGAAAAUCACAUUGUAUAAAUCAUCUUUGGUAUAACUUAUACGCUACCGCAUAGCCUCUACAUAAUAUUUUACAAUUUCAUUUACAAAUCGACCUUUACAACCUUCGUUAGAACCGCUUCAAUUUGAAGAACCACUGCAACAACCGUGUGCACAGAUUUUGGCACAGUUGUGUCAUAGAAUGAAUCAACUUUAAUGAGAAUAAUAUCAGUAACCAGCCGUAGCUGCACAUUAUCGCAAAACGUUUUCAAAGUGUUGGUAAAAAACUUGUUUUUUUGGAUUUGUUUUGCCGCUACAAUCGUAUAAAAUAGUAUCUAUAAAAAUGAAUGUUCACUAGUAUAAAACUAGGUUGUAUACAAUAGGUUAUAAUCUUUGUUUCGAUGCAUAAAUUCGCCACAUCGAAUUACGCACAAGGCAUCUAAUUUUUUCUUUCAACAUAUACAAAUGAAUCGAAUACCCGUAUAAUGAACUUGAUUCAAAUAUAAUCUUAUUAUGCAAUAAUAUAUUUUACAAAGUGUCUAUUCUGUAUAUCAUAUAGACCUAACUAUAUUACCGCUACCACUUUUUAUUUUUCCACAAAUCUAUAAAACAAUGUAUCAUGUGAUUCACUUGUUCUGGACAGUCAGUCAUGGGUGUAUGGUCAGCUGCUGGAAUUGCUUCCAAGAAAGCUUUAAGCAUGGUCUGAAAAGAUUCAACAUAAAAGCUGCAGUUAAUACAAAAAGUAAAAAACGUGAGAAAAAUAUGAAAUAUUCUUUAAUCAUUGAGAAACGUAUAAUAUAGAAAUACGAAUACGAAUACGAAUACGAACACGAAAACAAAUACAAAUAGAAGUCUUCAAUGAUGCAAAAGUAUUCGUUUUAUUAGAAAUAUAGAUGGAUAAAAUAUAUUCUUUAGUGACUGAAAAGAUAAAUACAUGGAAGAGAACAAGUUAUUUUCAUUAGAAAAAGGUUGUUGCAGAAAGAUCCCGUCCAAUUUUCCGAUAUCCGUGUUAAGGUUGUUUCUACUGUGCGUGGUACUCGUCGAAAAGUUUCGCGGUGCUGCCCGUUUUGUAAUGCUUUGCGUCACACACUACACCAGUUCAGACAUGACGUGUAUUGUAAUAUAUAAGGUUUCACUGCUUCCAUAGAUAAGAGAAGAGAAAAUAUGAAAAUUCUGACGGGCAACCAUGUAUUAGGAAAGAUGGACACCUUUGUUUUAAGCCUGUUUCGAUGAAAAAACUAGUGUACAUUACUAUAUUUUACUCGAAAUAUACGUCAUUACUGAUGGUGCAUCGAAUAAGAGUGGUUUGUCGAUGAGAUAGGUAAAGGAACAGAGUUUUUGUGAAAUAAAUAAAUUGGGUCCGACGGGGUUAACGACUGACUGAUUAGAUGGAGUCUUUUAUCUAUACGCACUUUUACUUUUUCAUCCGUGAAGGUCCUAUCGGAUAUGCAUAUUAAUGUUAGACGCGCUUUUAAUGUAACGUAUCAUAAAUAUCUCUCUCAGAACGAAAGUUGCAGGAUCGCAUAAUUUACUUCUUGAGCGACUC